AUGUCAACCCCGCCAAGAGGAGAAGACAGUCAAAAAGAAAAUGGCAGUGAGAAGGAAGGAAUGCCGGUGCCCAUUGGUUUGGGAGCUAAAAUUGAGGGGCAGUAUCGGAAAAUGAAGGAACAUGCGGAGACCUACCCUUAUGUGUGGGGUUCUUACAUCCUUGUAUACGGGGGGCUUGGCCUCUGGUUGACUUACAGGUGGAGAAAGCUCCGGAAAACUGAGGACAGGGUUCGAGUGCUUCAAGAUAGGCUCCGCAAACUAGUUGAGGUCGAGCAGCCACCACCGAAAUCUGCUACAAAACCUGCCUCAUUGCCAGACAAGGCAACUUCGUCUGCUGAUAAAAGCUGA